AUGGAGCGAGCACACUCUCUUCUGACCAGCACCACCCGAUCCAUCAGCAGCACGCGAUCCAGUACUCGCUCUUCUCGUUCGAAUUCUCUGUACUUGAAUAGCCCAGGGCAGGAGAAGGGGGAGUUCUUUCUCCCCGCACCAUCCACGACGAUUCACCAACCGAAGAUCCGGGUGCGGGCGAUACUGGGCCACUGCCUCUACCGGAGGGUCGUGAUAUGGACCGUCACCAUCUCGUUACUGCUCGGGCUCGCGUACCUCAACACCCCGCUAUACACACGCGAUGGCAAGGUUCUCGGCGAUGACUACAGGAUAGGCGGGCUGGGCGGGCAGCCGAACAAGCUGGGAACCACAAUCCCAAAUGAGGAGAUGCCAGAGGUCGACAGUUCCAUGCCACCAUGGCUCAAGUUCAAGCACCUGAACGGAUAUUUCAACGGUCUGAAGUCGAUCGUUCCUUUUGUAAACCAUACGCCAGAGUACCCCAACGCUUCAUUCCCGGCACCUGUAACAACGGUGCCAAUCUACCAUGAUACCCCUCCGACUCCCACACCAUAUCUCUCGGCUCACCCGGACUACGAGUCUCGCCAGUACCUGAAGGAUCACCAACCCGUAAAAGAGUGCUUCAUCGACGAUGACGACAAGAUUCCCGUUCCCGACAUUUACGCCUACGACGGCGUUCCCCAGAACCAGCCCGACCCGGCUAUUGGAUCCCACACCGUCCUCGGUCUGCGCAACGACAUUUGCUUCGACCGCUUCGGGCGCUAUGGCCCCUACGGACUCGGAUAUGACAUCCGCGAGGGAGGCACCUCGCAAGGUAUGGACACCGAACAGGAGGGCGCCGAGAUCGUAUGGUCCAAGACUGGUCGCAUCAACUACAGCCGCGUCGACUGGGGUUCCGCCCAGGAACGAUGCGUCGAGCGCAACAGUGGGCGCUUCCGCAACAGCACCAAAGACGUCGGCACUUCGUACGACGCCAUCUACAGUGAGCCCGACGCCGCCGACAACGGCCUGAAGAAGGUUGAUCGCAUUGCUGUCGUCAUUCGCACCUAUGUCGGCUUCGAGUGGACGCAGCUCGCCAUCAUCAACUUCCGCGCCAUGAUUUCCGAGUUGUCACUCAAGUCGGGUGGUGAGUACACGGUUCAUUUCCUCCUGCACGUUAAGGACAACGAUGCGCCAAUCUGGUCGGAUCCCUCCGUCGUUCAGAAGAUACUGGACGACAACGUGCCGACCGAGUUCCACUCCCUUUGCACUCUGUGGUCUGAGGCGGAGAUGAAACUCUACUACCCGGGUCACUUUGCCGACGCCAUCGAGAACCCCUCGAACGGCGAUAUCCACGGCGUCUAUCGCAGCGCCCAGAUGCCGCUCCAGGUUUUCGCCCUUCAGCAUCCUGAGUACACUCACUUUUGGAACUGGGAAAUGGAUAUGCGUUAUAUCGGCUCCUACUACGAACUCCUCGACCGCCUCGGCUCAUGGGCACGCAGCCAGUCUCGCAACCUCCUCUGGGAACGAUCAUCCAAGUACUACAUCCCUGCCGAGCACGGCUCCUGGGAUGAAUUUGCCAACGUCGUUGAGAAGGAACUCAACGCAUCCGGUCGCCGCGCCAUUCUCGGUCCCCAAAUUUUCCCCGGCCGCAUGUCCCUCAAGUCUGAAGAGGCAGGCCAGUCCGUCAUGCCCCCGUCCUGCGGCCGCGGCGCCGACCCCGCAGAGUGCGGUGUCGGCGAGGAUGCCGACCUCAUCACCCUCAACCCCCUUUUUGACGCCGACGAGUCAGGCUGGGUGUUCGCCAAGGAUGUUACCGGUUACGAGAUGGUUUUCGCCCCGCCCCCGCGUCGCUGCGCUAUCGUGACCGCUUCUCGCCUCUCCCGCCGCCUCCUCGCCGCCAUGCACGAGGAAAUGUGGAGGAUGCACCACUCCAUGUUCUCAGAGAUGUUCCCGGCCUCCAUGGCUCUGCACCACGGUUUCAAGGCCGCCUACGCCCCGCACCCCGUCUAUCUCGAUCGUGCAUGGUACCCCUUCAACACCAUUGAGAAGGCCUUCAACGGCGGCCGCGACGGUACGACGGGCGGCCACGGCAGCCCCUUCGACCUCAAGAACGAGCACAACCACAAAGGCACCAGCUGGUACUACAACUCCGAGUUCGCCGGCCUCCUAUGGCGCCGGUGGUUGGGUUACGGCCAGAUGGACGGCCGCGGCACCAACGGCGGCCGCGCCAACGAGGGCACCCUCCGCGGCGGCAUGGAGGAGGAGUCGCACAAGGACAGCUCCGGCCGUCUCUGCAUGCGCAGCAUGCUCGUGCAUCCCAUCAAGUGGGAGAACCCGAGCGAGAGAAGCUGA